AUGUCACUCGCAGAUCUAGAGCCCAACAGCUUACACGUCGUCCUCCAUGUACGUAGCCAUCCUCCAAAGGCAAACGACUUUCACUGGGGUCUCUACCUCCACCGAGACUUCGAGGCUGGUGGUACGAAAUACCAUCUAAAGGGCGCUGACAAACGCUGGCUCGCCGACCACGGCACUACGCGUGGCGUGUUCAAAAGCUUCCUUCUGAUCGGUCUAUGUCAAGUGGCCAGGAUCCCUUCUGGUCUUAUGAAAGAUGUCGAUGCUAUGUUUCGGACAUACGACCACCAACUAAACGAAAUGCCGGGGUUGACUUGCCGCACUUGGGUUUUCCGAGUGCUGGAGUUGUUGCAGAAACCUCAUAGUGGACAAGUACUCUUGGAGUGCAACGACCUCACGUCCCUCGAAUAUGAGUUGCUGUCUUGGGGCAAUGCCAAUGCUCUGGCGGCAGCUGAUUGUCAACAGCCUCGUCCCACACACCGCUCUGACCUAUGCGGACUUUAA